AUGGCACAACUCGAACGUGAUUUAUCUUCACCAUAUUAUUUUCAAUACUUAGCUUUACAAUUGGUUGAAAGACGUUCUACCAAGAAAAGAGAUGUACAAAGUCGUCGUCGUAAGAUAAUUACUCAAAUGAAUAAUACUUUGAAUCAAGUUGAAGGUUCAGCUGACAAUGGUGAGGGUUCUGCAUCGACCCAAUACCAAGUAUUGAGAACCAACUCUGGAAACAGUCGUUCCAUCAAAGACUCUAUGCUCUCAAAAAACAACAACAAUAAUAAUAGCCACAGAAACCACAUGCAAAUAUACGAUGAAUUGCUCAGUGAAAGCUCAAUCGACGAUGAGAUUGCUCAUGAAUAUCCAAUAGUUCCAUCCUCAUCGCCAUUGAACGGUGUCUCUACCAACAAUUCCUACCAACAACAAUACUACUAUAAUAGUUCACCAACUCAUAGCCAACAACGUAGUUACAAUAGAUCGAGUCCAUUGCGCUCUAGUCCAACACCGAUUAUUCACUCGCCAUCUGGUGCUGGUAGCAGCUCAGGCCACUCCAGCCCAUCAUACAAAAUGAUUUAUUCACAGCCGAUCCACUCGACAGUGCCACAAGACAUUCCAGUACCAAGCUAUUGCGUAUCUCCAAAACACAACAAUGUUCAAAUUUUAUAUUCUUCACCAGCAUCCUCACCAAAACAUAACUUUUCAGCUCACCAAUUUAAUAAUAACAAUCAACAACAAUUAAAAAUCAACCAACAUGAAAUUUUAAAUUCAUACAAUGAUAUUCUAUUAGGAUGUCUGUAUAAAUUUCUUUGUCUUUUAUACUCAACACGAUUUGUUUACUCAAAAUUGAACCAAUUAUCGGGCAAACAUCAAGUUACAUAUCUUCAAACAGAAAAGAUCGAUGAGAAAUGGCUUAAUCUCAGCCUUUUAGAAUCAGUACUCGAUAGCUUAAGUGAAUCACAAAAGAAUGUACUCUAUGGAAAGAUAUGGGAGUUAGCUAAAAUGUACCAACCAGAUAUCCAAGGUCAUAACUGGGGCGAAUUAAACCUAUAUACUGACAGAGUUAGAUUAGUAAAAGCAUUAUAUAGAUUAGGUUAUUUAAAUAGUAAAAAUCAACAACAACAACAAGAACAACAACAACUUUCAUCAUCUUCUUCUUCACCAAGCCCAUCACCUGAAAAUCAAAAUCCAUUAACAGUGGAAGAUAGUAAAGUUUUCAAGUUAAAAAUAUUGAAUUUCGUAUUUGGUGAAGGUGGUUUGGGUAGUCAAUAUUUUAGUCUGUCGGAGAAAUUGGGACGUGACCCUGCAACCGGGUGGAUUGGGUAUGUCAAUGGAAUGGGAAUUUGUAACUUCCAUCAUGCCGGCUGGGACAUAAAGCAUUUCUCUGACAACCUUGCAGAUGGCACAAAUAUACACGCUGUCUAUAACUCGACACAUCAGAAGAAUCCUAGGAACGAUGUAAACGGAUUCAUUCGUGAUGUCUUGAGAAUGUCGGCGGUGAACGCUGGCAGCUACACACGUACCUCCUACCUGAUAGCGCAGCAAUGGAUCGACUACCUCGAUGCCAACCCCGGUCGAUUCUUCCUGCAGAUCUGCGUGUCCGAGGGUGGCGCACACACCAACGCAGCGCUACGACUGCUCAGCGAGUGUGGAAGAACCGACCUCUAUCAGCGCAUUCGAAUCAUUGGAUUGUGUCCGGCCUACUUUAUGUUGCCACAGCACUACGACGCUGUCGGUGGUGCAGCGGAUUCACAACUGCAGAUUCUCAGUUUCGUCAAGAUGGAAGACGGUGUUAUCAAUCCCUGGGGAACAAACACACAGUAUAUCGGUCGUUCCAACCACAUCGUCAUAGUUCCACAUAACACCACAUCGGACAACCCUCACAAUCAAACCAGCAAUGAUUUCACACAAGUAGUAAGACCCUAUGUCUACGAAUUUAUGCUAAACGGUAAUAUAUAUCCACCAAACUUUGAACCAGAUCCAAAGUAA